AUGAUUCUUGUUUUGGGCGGCACGGGUACUGGCAAGUCGUCUUUCGUAGCCACAACCUCUGGUCAAGCAGUUGGAGUUGGGCACGAUCUCAGAUCCUUCACGGCCACCUGCCAAGCCGUAGAGUUUAAUUUAGCCGACAGGCAGGUCGUCCAACUCAUCGAUACACCCGGUUUUAGCGACACUUCGCGCCCAGACUUGGAUGUCCUCAAAGCUAUCGCUGGCUGGCUGCAGACAAACAAAGCUGCGAUUGCCGGGGUCGUGUAUCUGCAUCGCAUUGAUGAGAGGCGAUUCACCGGAACUCACCGGUUAGUAUUUGACAUCGUGCGAGCCAUCUGCGGCAAGCACUUCUAUCCGCACCUAGUGCUGUGCACUACAAUGUGGGACAAGCUUCACAGAGAUGUUCUCGGUGAGGCAGAAGAACGCGAGAGCGAGCUGGUUGGAGCCGAAGAUCUUUGGAACCCGUUGCUAGAAAGGCAAGCCGAGUACAUGCGGUACACUGGUGAUCGGGCCUCUGGGCUUGCCAUCAUCCAAAAACUACUCGAGCAUCCGGCAACAGGCAAGAUGGAACUACAACUCGAGCUUCGUAAUCCUUGCGAUGUUGAGGAUACACGCGCUGGGAGGGUCAUUACCGCAGAGCUCCGCAAGAAGGAGGAAAGGCUCCGGCAGGAACGGCUCAAAGAAGAGGAAGAAGAGCGCGAGCUCCGGGAACAACUCUCUCUUGAGCGUGAAGCUCUGCAACGAGAUGAGCAGAAGAAGCGUGAGCAAGAAGCUGCUAUGUUCCGCCGCACCGAUCGAAGGAGUUCUGGAGGUUCACGUAAUGAGCGACGCCCCAGAGAGUCCCGUGAUGUAAGGGAGGUUGUGCCUAGUACAAGAAGUAAUCGCGACGGCAAAGGUAGAUUGACGGAGCUUCAUGACGGCGCGGGCAGCGCUAGCCAAUCUAGGUGGGGUCUUGGAUUCCUGAGAAAGUAA